GAGAUCGCUUCAUAUAAAUCUGUUAAUGAGAUUAGUAAAGGUCAGAUCCAAGGCAAGUGUUGAACACUUACAACAUCAUGGGAAAAUGUUUCGGCAUCGCCUUGAUUGUCGUGAUGGUGGCCAUCCAAGCGGCCAUGGUUUCCGCCAGAUUGGCUCCUGAUGUCGCUCAAAACUGUUUUCAAAUUGGGACUAUGGAGGAUCCGCAUCACGCGGAUGUAUUCCGGCGUUUUGCUCGUUGUAUUAGCGAAACUGUUCGUCACAUGGCCGGUGAUUUUCAAAGGCGCGAGUUGACCCGAGCCACGAAAAACGCUGUGAUCGCCACCAGAGGGCGACGGCAACAGCAAAAUUACGGAUCAGAGACACGGUCUCAACAAAAUGAACCGCGCAAAAAUCAACGGGAAGAUACCAUUUUGCCAUCGCAAAGAUUUGUGGCCCAAUACUUGAGUUCGUUGUUCCAAUAGAUUAUCAGUCAGACUGGAACAGUCCAUCGGAUCUUGGGGUUAAUAGUUGGCAUAAAUGAGGCCAAGAUGUUAAAAUGUUAUUAACAUGAUUGUGACUAUUCUACACCUUGUGAAUUUAACCAGUCAAUGUUAUCAUGUUGUUGUUAUGGCUGCUGAAUUAUUAUUGUUUUGGUAUAUUGAAAGGGUCACUCUUCGGCGAAUGUUCCUAUGUUCUGGCCUUCAAUGUGAAUAGAAUCCUUACGUUGGUUGUCCAAAUCAUU